UUGAGGCUGGGCACGAGGCCCCGACGUGGGCACCACAGCGGUGUGACACCCAGCCCAUGCUGCGCUUGGCUCCUUGCAGAGGCUUCAGCUAUGUGGAUCUGGGGGAGGGGCAGGGGGACGGGCGCUUCUAUGCCCUCAAGCGCAUCCUGUGCCACGACAAGGAGGACCGCCAGGCCGCCCUGCAUGAGGUGAAGAUGCACGGCCUCUUCGACCACCCCAACAUCCUGCGCCUGGUGGCCCACUGCAUGGUGGAGAAGGAUGCCAAGCACGAAGCUUGGCUCCUCCUGCCCUACAUGAAGGGGGGAACCCUCUGGAGCGAGGUGGAAGCACUGCGAAAGAAAGGGACCUUUAUGCCAGAGCAGCGGAUCCUCCUCAUCCUCCAUGGCAUCUGCCGUGGGCUGCAAGCUAUGCACAGCAAGGGCUAUGCACACAGGGACCUCAAGCCCACCAACGUGCUGCUGGAUGAAGAUGACCAGCCCGUGCUGAUGGACCUGGGCUCCAUGAAUCAAGCUCGCAUCGAAGUCAACAGCUCUCAGAAGGCGAUGGCCGUGCAGGACUGGGCUGCCCAGCGUUGCACCAUCUCCUACCGUGCCCCCGAGCUCUUCACAGUGCCCAGCCAGUGUGUCAUAGAUGAGCGCACAGAUAUCUGGUCCUUAGGCUGUGUGCUGUACUGCAUGAUGUUUGGAGAGGGCCCCUACGACGCCAUCUUCCAGAAGGGCGACAGCGUGGCUCUAGCAGUGCAGAACCCUAUCGCCGUGCCCCCCACAACCAGGUACUCGGCUGCCUUGCAGCGCCUGCUCUCCUCCAUGAUGAUGCUGAACCCCCAGGAGCGACCCAGCAUAAAUGAAGUCCUCCAUCAGCUGGAGGGGCUGCAGCCGGCACCCGCGGGCCAGGACACCACGCAGAUCUGA